CUUGAGUCUGUCGCAAUUUGUAUAGUAAACAAACCGCUUUUCCACAAUAAAUCAGUGAGAAAAUGGCUCCACAACCUGUUGUUACUGGUUUGUCUCCUAAGGAAGGCCCUCCAGGCACAAGAGUGACUAUCAGAGGAGAAUUCCUGGGCUCAAAGCCCAGUGAUUUGAUCGGGCUCACAAUUUGUGGAUGUGAUUGUCUAUUGUCCGCUGAGUGGAAAUCCCCUAAUAAGAUCAUCGCUCGAACGGGUCCAGCGAAGGGAAAAGGUGACAUCAUCGUGGCAACUCUUUCCGGAGGCGUUGGCACAUCUACCGUGCAAUUUCGGGCGUAUCAUGAGACGAUUGGGCCCAUGAAGGAGUCUGCGGUGUGGAUAGAGGAGUCGCCGAUGCAGAGUCUGGCUUGGGGCAGGAGAUCUCUUGCUCCCAGUGGAUAUACUCAAGAGGAUCCGCUUGGAUUGUCAACUGAAGGAAAUGACAAAAAACUGCCUGAGGAUUUGAGGGACAUCUUCCCGGAAAAAUCUGGUGAUCUAUCUCAGGACAACUUCAGUCCGGGAUGGUUUCUUCUCGAGCAUCAUCACGCCACUACCUUUGAGGAUUUGAAGGCUGGUCUAUCGUAUCUUCGGCGGAAAGUUGAGAGUCAGAAAGAAGGUCAGCUGAGUUUCCUGAAGUCAAACGCUGGUUCUGUUAUCGAUCAGCUAGACACGCUGGUAACACUGAGAGAGAAAUUUCAGCAAGACGUUAAGACAGUUGGCCGAGAUCCAGUGGCUAAACUUGAUGUUUCUAUCCACAAAUCUAUCACAGAGUCUCACAAUCUGUUCAAUGAGGUUCUAACACGUCGUGAGAAGGCAGAUGCCACUCGCCUCGCUUUGGCUGCUCUUUUCCGUCACAAAUUCCUCUUCUGUCUGCCCAAUUCUGUGCUGAAGAGUGCCGAAAAGGAAGAAUAUGACAUCGUUAUCAAUGACUACGCCAGAGCGAAGAAACUCUUUGGCAAAUCCGACAUCCCAAUCUUCCGAAAAGUGAUUGAGGAAGUGGAUGAACGCAUUGUGACGGUGAGAAAGGAGCUGCACGAGAAGAUAGUGAAGAUGCCACAAAGUGUGGAGCAGCAGAAGAAGUUCGUCAAAGCUCUGGUGAAUCUGGAGUCACAACAAGUGGGCACAAGUGUGGCUGAGAAGCUGAAGAUUGAGGAUCCUGCGUGGGAUGCCAUUGAGGCGAGGGCGAAAUACCUCGAGGAAACUUUCAAGCAAACAUUUGAGCAACACAAAGGCAGUCCAAAGCCCCGAGAAGCCAAUGCGCCGCCCAAUCGAGUGGCUUUCUGUGAGGAGAUCACAGAGAUUGCCGCUUGUCAGGUGCCCGAUCUCUGGCGUCUGGGGCAGGCGUACUUCACGGGCGAGCUCAGAGGUAUCUAUGAGCCGAAGCCAGGCAAUUUCAAGAGGAUCAUCUUAACGGCUAUUGAACAAAUGUGCUUCUAUCUUCGUGCUGCUCUCUUGCCUUCAUCCACGGGCUUGAAAUCCACCUUAUCAGGGGGUUUAUCCUGGCCGUUCACUUCCCAGAGUUCAAUGAAUCAAUUUCUUCAAUGGCUGCCUAAUUGUCUGCGCUUCGUUCGAAUCUGCUAUGCCAGCUUGAUUAGACUAGAUCUGCCCAGCGAAGUACUUGACAUUGUUCAAAAGUUAAUCGAUGAGAUCAGGCUUCACUGUUUGGCCACGAUUCUCAAGAAGUCCGUCGACAAGGUGGGAAACCUCAGCAAGAAGGAAACCUGGACAAUGGACGUGGCAGAAUUUCCCGGGGCCACUCUCUUGCCGUCAAUGCUUGAGGAGAUCAUCAAAGAAACUUUGGAUGAAUGCCAGUCCACGUGCUUAACGCCAGAAGUGCGAGAGAAUGAAUUGCUAGAGGCUCACAGUGAGGGCCAGAGAGAAAUGUCACAGCGCUUGAGAGAGAUUCUAGAUGCCUUCUGUGGUGUAAUUGAGGAUCUGGCCCUGAACAGAGACGACGAGGAGAGUCGCAGAGGGCCAAUAAUCUCUCAAGUCAUCGGAUUUCCCACUACAGCAGCCAUCAAUGGCGCCGUGGAUGACAAAUUCUCAGUCAUCUCAUGGGAGCAGAAGAUCCUCAGCUGUAUGGCCAAUUGUUCAUAUUGCAGCAAGACAUUCUUUGGGCACAUUGGAGACCUCUUCACGCACUAUCAGUAUCCAAUCCCAAAAUUGGCCAUUGAGUCCUCGAGAACCACAGUCAAUACGCUCUUCUCAACACUGCUGGACAUGUACGUUGAGCACAAGAGCGAUCCUCUGGUCGGUACAAUUGAACCUUCGAUGUACAUCAGUCGCUUCCAGUGGGACAACGUGGGGCGCGUGGAAAGACUCCGCCCCUAUGCGUACGAAUGUAUUGACAACCUGGCUGGCGUUUAUUCGGAAAUCCUCAGCAUAUCGCCAUCGUUGCUGCGUCCCAUCCUGGAGCCAAUUGUGCAAACUGUGGCUGAAGAAUUGGCCAGGUUAAUGACGUGCGUGCAGAAAUUCAAUCCUGCCGGAGCGCUUCAAGCCCACAUCGAUAUUUGCCUGAUGCGCGACGCUCUGAAGCUGUACAGCAACGCCACGGCUAAAAGUCACUUUACAGAGGCUCUGGAAGUCCUGCCGACACUCUCAGAUAAAGACAUUCCGAAAUCCGAAGAGAUUCUCAAGAGAGUGAAAGAAAACAUGAAACUUCAGCUUUUAUGCUUCACAAUUGCAAAUCCCAUGUAAAAAAAAGUACUUGGACAAUACAAAGUUAUCUUUAUCUUUAUUAAA